CAGAAAGUGAGGAGUUGACUGUACAAUUUAGAUUCCAAACCCAGCUAAGUAUUUUGAUAGCCUUUCCUUCCAAGUCUUGAUCUUCUCAACCCAAAGAACCUCAACUUCUUCCUUGUCAAAAUGUCCCUUCGCAUCUUCUCUCCAAUGCCAUCUAUAUCGAAAACAUCCAAUCUUGUCAAUACGACAAUCAGAGGGCCACCAUCGUGUUUCCACCCAGUCCAAUCAUCGAAUUUCCACCAAAUCCGCACUCUAAAACUCUACGCCUCCUCAAAACACGCCCUCCGCCGCUCAACCUGCCUAAUAACUGGCGCCUCCCGCGGCAUAGGCCGAGCAAUCGCCAUAGCAUUCGCCCGCGAAGGCGCCCGCUGUAUCCUGCUCGGUCGCGAUAAAGCCUCUCUGCAAGUUACCUUUAACCUCUGCACUUCCGCCCGCGGCGCCAUCGGACGCACCCACCACAUCAUCCCAGCCGACAUCAAUGACGCAGAGUUCUGGAGCACGUUGGACAAACACGCAUGUUGGAAUCAUGAAAACGGGAGAUUGGACACUUUGGUUAAUGCGGCGGGGGUCACGCAUUCGAGUCUAUUUGUUAGAACGUCACAGACGAGGGUUGAUGAGGUGUUGAGUACGAAUCUUUCGGCUUCGAUACAGGCGUGCAGGUUUGCGGUAAAGAAGAUGUUGAAGAGUUCUCCUGGUACGCCGACGGCAGAGGCGAGACGUGGGCAUAUUUUGAACAUCUCGAGUUUGCUGGCUACUCAUGGUGGUGCGGGGAGUGUGGCUUAUGCUGCUUCAAAGGCUGGUGUUCUUGGUCUUACUAGAUCUCUGGCGGCUGAAUUGGGACCUAGAGGUAUCAGAGUGAAUGCGAUUUGCCCUGGUUAUGUCGAGACUGACAUGACACGGGCAAUGUCUGACGCAGCGAGGGAGGCAGCUGUUGCAAAGAUUCCAGCAGCGAGAUUUGGUACAGUGGAUGAAGUUGCUGAUGCCGCUGUCUUCCUGUCUGGGAAUCAGUAUGCGAACAACACCGUCUUGAACCUUGAUGGUGGGUUGAGUGCUGUCUAACCUUCGAUAGUCAAGCAGCCAGAAGACCGACGGCGACCAACGUCGCAAAAUUCAUGAAUAGGUUCGGGCAGAGCCUUCUUUGGCUUAGAAUACGAUGCGCAGGUUCCCGUUCUAUAACGUUCUGUAUGCUUGAAGCCAGCUCAAGGUCCUACUGAUGCAAACUUACUGCUCAAAACACUCCAUGCAUGCACA